AUGGACUUGUUUGACUUUAGAAUGCAAGUAGCCGAUGGACUAACAAGCACACUUAUUCGUGGAAGAAGGACUCCAAGUGAUGAUGCUGAUCAAGCCGAGAAUUUAGAGCCAAACACGCCAAAGUUUAGGAGAUCAAAUCAACUAUCUCAAGCUAAAAGGUAUGAGGGCUAUGACCACCUCCCAAGCUUUGAAGCAAUCGACGAUCACCGCACAUGCCGAAUGAACGGAUGUAGAAGUCGAUCAAAUUUAGAUGUAAAAAAAUGUGACGUGUAUCUGUGUCUCUCGAGGAAACAAAACUGCUUUGCUGCUUAUCAUAAAAAAAUAAUAGCGAUAUAUACUAGUUUUAAAGCCCGAUGA